GCAACCGACGUAUACAAGGGGCUUGAGCGGCCUGUGGAGAGCGUGGCCGGUCGCGCCAUGAACUUGGGAGAUGGUUUAAAGCUUGAAACUGAAUUAUUGGAUGGAAAAACCAAGCUAAUACUGUCUGCAUAUGAACGUAAAUCAAAAAUUUCUGUAAAGCAGAUGGGAAAUAAGACCAAGAUUGCAAAAUGUCCUUUAAGAAAUAAACAAACUGGAUACAUUCUGAAAUCACAAAAUACUUGUGUCAGGAGUGAAAAACUUUCGCAAAAGAAGAGAAUUUGUUCAGAAACUUCAUUGGCAAAAAGUGAAAAAAAUAGUAUGACUUUUUCACCCACUAAGGAUUUAUGCAAGCAGUAUGCAGAUAAAGACCAUCUUCAUAUCCAGAAAGAAAUUUCACCUGCAACCCCUAAUGUACAGAAGACUAGAAACAGCAUAAAUGCAUUUGUAGUAGCUAAACAGAAGCCUUGCAAAAAGCACGUCACAGCUGAAAAUGUGAAGAGCAGUUUGGUGUGUCUAACACAAGACCAACUACAACAGAUUUUGAUGACUGUAAACCAAGGAAAUAAAUCAGUUUCCCUGGCUGAGAAUGGAAAGAGGGAGGAAACAAGUCAGUAUAGUCUAAAUUUAAACAAUAUUCCUGAUCAGCCAAAGGAUGAGAACAUCGUGGGACUUACGCAGAAAACUGAGGCCAUUUCAUCUGUUCAGGAUGAAAAAAAGUCUGUUUUAAAUGAAAAUCAGGUGACAUCUAAUCAGUAUGAGCAGAAAAUUGCCACAGAGAAUAUAUGGAAACCAGCUGACAUAUUCAGUACUCUGGGAGAAAGAGAACGUGAUAGAGGUUUGUUGGAAGCAAAAAAAGCCCAGUGGAGGAAAGAGCUUGGUAGGACAUUAUUUACAGAUGAACAGGUUGCUUUAAAGAAGAAAGAAAAAGAAGCUUCUGAAAAAUGGAAUAAUCCAUGGAAAAAAUCUGAAAGUGAUAAAAUAGUAUGGGAAAAACUUCAAAUUCUUGAUCAGGCUAAGACUGCUGCUAGCUAUUCUAGCAUUCUGUCACAGUCUCCCAGUCAGGUAAUGGUGAUCCAGGCUGACGGGCACUCACCACCUAGAGCUAGUCAGAUUUUAGAGGAAGCAGUACUGAUGGAGUGCCCUUUCAGUGUUGUGAAACAAGAACAGCAGAGAAAAUGGAUUGAAGAGUUGAACAAGCAAAUAGAGGAUGACCGCCAAAAAAAAGUAGAGGAAAAAAUUAUAUCUUCAAAGGGUGAGGAACAUGACAGAUGGGCAAUACAUUUUGAUUCAUUCAAGAGCUGUCCUGGUUCUCAGUCUCAGCUGUCCUCUCGGUCAACGCAAACACAACCAGAGUACUUCUGUGUCUCUCCGGACGCUCAGGACCUGGCUGAUAUCAGCAGUCUCUAUACACCUGCAGCGGGAAGCCAGGUUGAACCUUCAGAGGAGGAGCGCGUAGCAAGACCUGUUAGAGACGUGGCUGUGGAAAGCAGUAAGAAAAGGAACUUUCUCCGUUCUAUGACUGCUCUUUUGGACCCAGCUCAAAUCGAGGAACGAGACAGGAGACGACAAAAACAGUUAGAACAUCAGAAAGCCAUCACUGCUCAGGUAGAAGAGAAGCGGAAGAAGAAACAGCUUGAAGAAGAGCAAAGAAAGAAGGAGGAACAAGAGGAGGAGCGUCGCUUAGCACGGGAACAAGAAGAGAUGCAGAAACAGUAUGAAGAAGAUAUACUUAAGCAAAAACAAAAGGAAGAAAUCAUGACUCUUAAGACAAUUGAGCUGUUCCAGACGAUGCAGAGAGCGCAGGAGCUGGCACAGAGACUGAAACAAGAACAGAGAAUCCGAGAAUUGGCUCAAAAGGGACAUGACACUUCUAGAUUGAUUAAAAAUCUUGGCAUUGAUACAAUACAAGUGGAAUAUAAUGCAUCUACUGACAACACUGCAAAUUCAAGACAUGGCUUGGAUAAAAUCAGUGGUAAAAUGAAUACAUAUAUCAGCUCUACAGCCUCUCCCAGGAAGGACACUGGUGUGCAAACGGAUGACUUAAAUGCAGGAAUAUUUACCAACAUAGAAUCACGCUGUGGAUCGGUAAUAGAGAGGGAAACUGUUAUAAACUGUUCAUCUCCUGAGAUUCCUGCAGAAUUUAAUGAACAGUUUAACACUAAGAAGAACAAGCAAGAACUAGUAAAUCAUGAUAACGGAGCCAACUUAGAAAAAGAAAACAGUUGGUAUAAUGACCAGUGUAAUCAGUUCACAAGAACAGAGAAACAAACAAAACAUAUGAAGAAGUGUCCUAAAAGGCCUGAUUGGAAUAUAAAUAAACCACUGAGACGGUAUAUUCCAGCAUCAGAAAAGUACCCUAAACAGCUUCAAAAGCUGAGAGAAGAAAAAAGAGUAAGAAGGCAGAUGGAACUGCUUCAUUUGGUAGAAAGAAAUAAUCCUGGACACCUUUCUCAAAAUAGAGUCACUUCACCAGAUGUUCUUCAUUCAUCUCAUCAAGAAACUGAACCAGGUUUCAGGUGGCAGCUAGUCAAAAAGGAAGAAGAACCUCGGAGAAUUAAUUCUUUCAGCAAGGAAAGGUCUCAAUCACCACCAGUUCCGGCAGUGAAGAACAGAACGCAGCAAACUCAGACACUAAAAAACAGUACUUAUGAAAGAGAGAAUCUGAUCUCAGGAGAUAGUCAAACAGAAUUCUCACCUGGGUUUUCUGAACCAUUUCAUUUUAUUCCCUAUGUCCGAACCAAUGAGAUCUAUUACCUUGAUCCAGAUGCACCAUUGUCUAGGCCUUUAACCCAGGAUCCUCAGUACCAAAAUCCACAUGACUGUGACCAAGAACAGCUUUUUGACCAUCUCAGGGAUCCACUUCUUAAUCCUAACUUGGUGAAAAACAGGGAUCGACAGCAAGCAAUCCUUAAGGGACUGUCAGAACUGAGACAGGGCCUUCUCCAGAAGCAAAGAGAGUUGGAAACUAAUCUCAUGCCUUUAGCUGCAAAUCAAGAAGAGAAUUUUAGUUCAUUUUAAAUGUAGAAAAUCAAAUCCUUUACAUUUGAUUUG